ACAGUGCAACGCAAUCAUGGCGCUUGUUGCUGUGCAGACUUCGCCCUUUCCGGGUAUAGAGUUAACCGUUUCGGUGGCGCACAGAUCAUUUAAAUACACUAAUCUGUUCCUAAUUGCAGACAGUCGAAUCUGAGUGUGUACUAUAAUACCACUAACACGAAUGCUACUGAUAUUUCAAAUUUUUUUGAGGUGUUUAAUUUUGGACAUCGGCUUGUUUACGUUUUUGUCCCUGCUGGUUAAUUUGCAGAGGAUCCCUGCCAGUCGGAUGGGGGAGGGGCUGUUGCUAUGCAAAACAUUACAGCGUGAAAAACUGUCAACCAGUUUUUAGUUCCAGUUUGGCGUCACAUGUUUUUACACUAACCCACUUCAGUCGCUUGUGUGGCUAUACUUGUCAAUAUAGGCCUGUGCAUCUGUAAACAUUUAACACGAUAAAAAAGGUGCAAGUGAAGGCGCCCAGCUUCAUCAACUGAUAUAAAAAGUGCAACGCUAUGUCGCACUGAGCACAUGUAUUGUCUUGGCACCGACAAAGAAUGACCACUAUCAUACAUCAGCAACAUUAUAUCAGGAUAUGCUUCAGCCUCUGAGGAUGAUCUUCAUGCAGUUAUUAUCACGAAUCCCGCAUUGGCCCAAUAAACUUUAUACAUUUUCUCACUUUCUUCUCACUUGUGGUUAUGUAACAUCGAUACCCAAUAGUUACUUAGUCACGUGUAGAAAUUUUGACCUUGAUUUUCUUCCCUUGUUUCCAUGCCAUCAGGAGCAACUGCCUAUCUUAGCCACUAUGAUUGGAUACAGUUGGGUAGCAGGGGCUUAUGUAGUUCCAAACUCUGCCGUCAUGCGUCGCUGUGUAAGUGGAGCCUGACGUUUUAACGCCAAGCGCUCUUUGGUUUGAUGGUCUAUGAGUUUGUUUCCGGAUGUUGUUUAGCUAGUAUGCUAGUAUCGGGAGCAAGAAUGGCUGCGAUGUUUACGUGUUGUCUAGGCUGCUGCGGAGAUGGCGGAUCGGGCCAUAUUCCCCUUAAAGAAAUGCCUACUGUUCAGUUAGAUACUCACCACAUGGGCACAGAUGUUGUCAUUGUGAAGAGCGGCCGGAGGAUAUGUGGCACUGGAGGCUGUCUGGCCAACGCUCCUCUGCACCAGAACAAAAGUUAUUUUGAGUUUAAGAUCCAGUCCACUGGUGUGUGGGGAAUAGGUGUGGCUACGCAGAAAGUGAAUCUUAAUCAAGUGCCUAUGGGCAGAGACACAAACAGCCUAGUCCUGAGACAUGAUGGGUCUGUGUACCACAAUAAUGAAGAGAAGAAUCGCCUACCCGCAAACAGCCUUCCUCAGGAGGGUGACAUUGUGGGCAUCACAUAUGACCAUGUGGAGCUGAAUUUAUAUCUGAACGGAAAGAACAUGCAUUGUCCUGCCUCAGGGAUCCGAGGCACUGUAUACCCUGUUGUUUAUGUGGAUGACAGCGCCAUCUUAGACUGCCAGUUUAGUGACUUCUAUCACACAGCUCCACAAGGAUUUGAGAAGAUCCUCUUUGAGCAACAAAUCUUCUAAAGGAGCACUUAAGCCUCAGCCCCUCUUUACUUUGUCACCCUCCCCUAUAUCACAUAGCAACCUCUGUAACACUACAGUUUAACCUUGAUUGGAUCAUAUUAUGUGUGGCUUGACUGCCUUUUGUUUUGUUUCCGCUGAUUACUCUGUCAAUCUACUGAUGCUCUGGGUCGCCGUCGGAGUAUCCUUGAAGGAGUGGGGAUUUCUGAUCAUUGGUCGGCUAUGACUAUGCUGAUGUUUAACUAUCAAAUCAUUACCUUGUGUUAGUGGUAAUCACCUAGCCCGGAAAUCCAGACCCAAAUCUGAAAGAUUAAGUGUCUGGCAUUGAGUUAUGAAAAUGGCCCAUCUCGAGGGGCGGCACCAAGCAUGCAUUUGAAAAUCUCACUGCACGCAAUUGAAUAACACUACAACCAAUCCUAACAAUACACGGGGUGACGUAUCCAGAGCCCCAUACGCUUAGCUACCAGCAGAGCUAACUGGUAGAUUAAACUUUCAUCAUCUGUUUAGCUCGCCUCUGGCCCCGCCUACAUCAGAUACACCGACAUGAUUGGUACAAGGGCAUGGUUAAUGAGCAUCAUUACUCAAUGCCAGAGUGACUCACUGAGCAAAUUCAAAUUGUGCUCUCACGAGAACUCUGGAUUUCCAGGGUAGUAAUCACCCAGUGUUAACUGAAACCCUUUCAAUUGUUGCUUACGUUGUCAAUCUGUUUGUAGAUGCCAGACAGUGGAUGUAAUGGUAAAAUGUUCCCAUUAUUCAGGAUCAGAAGCCAUGUUUGAUUGACAUUGCUAUAUACUUAAAUUUUUGAUUAUGUAGUCUCCUAAAUGCCGGCAUACUGACAUCUCAGCAUACACCCUAUAUUUAUUUGUAUUUAUUUAAGUCAAAAAUCAAGUAAUGUGUCUCUUUGGUAUGACAAAAGAUGUAAUGUUUUUUGGCCAGCAAGAGUUUGUGAAUGAAAGGAUCUGCUGCCAAUACUUAAACAUCAUUUAACAUUAUUUCAUUCACUUUUAUGUUGCCUUCUUUUUUUUCUUUUUUUUUUUUCUUGGGCAUUUCUGCCUUUAUUGGAUAGGAAAGCUG